GAAAUUGCCGAGUCACCACUGAGUUCCGCGACUUGUCCGCGACUGAUUUCUGCAACGGAGAGGGGGAAGGACUUGGUAUCGUGAAAUGUUCCCUCUCCAUGCAUUUUCCCGCGCUUGGCGCUCACCUGCACGGACCGUUCCUCGUACACUCUCUACGUCUUCCGUCAAAUUAUCAGAGCCUACUACCUCCUCCUCAGAAGGAGCAUAUUCAAUGGCUCCCUUACUGAACCUAAUGAACAACAUGCCCUCGAUGUCCCAAACACCAUCCUCACCAUCCUCAAGUCCAUCUUCUCGAAAGUACCAUAUUCCAAAGGGCAUACAUAUGGCACCAGUAGCUGAUCCACUGUUAACAUACUUUUCUUCCCUCAUCAUGCGCUCGGGGAAACGACAUAAAGCGAUCCGUCAAGUGUCCGAAACCCUCACCACGAUUCAUCGACUGACCGACGCCUCCCCGUUACCCAUUCUCCGUCAAGCCGUGGAGCUAGCCUCACCAGAUGUUAAAUUAGUGACGCUGAAGCGGCGAAACAAGAACGUUCCACAGCCAAGAUCUUUGACGAGCAAGCAACGGACCGGGCAAGGACUCAGAUGGAUCAUCAAAGCAAGUCAUAUGAGAGGUGAUUUCCAGCUGGAGCAUCGUCUAGCAAAGGAGAUUAUCGCUAUUGUUCAGGGCAAUAGCAACUGUCUGAAGUGGAAGGAGGAACAACACAAGCUGGCUACAGCUAACAGGGCAAAUGCGUCCGUUCGUAUCUAGUGUACCUAUGUUUUGCUGUAAAUCACUCCACUUCCAAGACCCUGAUCGCCCAAUAGUUUCUGAACUCCCAAGUAUCCGCCAAGAAACAGGACCUUUCAACUUGCUUAAAGAACAAACUUUCAUUGGCACCUCAGGGAGUUCUACAUCAUUGAAAAAUCUGCACAACAGAUAUGAAAUCUCUUAAAUCAUUCCAGUCAUUUACACAAUUUCGUGGUGCCUGGGCUCGAGUUCACCCUCAGGGCUCCCUUUGUCGGAGCUCGAAUUCUCUUCGACUACUUUCUCACGGGCGGCUCGACGCUCGUACCACGCCUUGGAUUUGAGGCCAAGGAUCGUCGUGCGACCUUCGGACCAUUUCAUG